AUUGGUCAGUUGUAAGUGACGUAAUCGGUUUGUCAUAUCUCGGAGGAAGCGGGAACCUCCAUCGUUAUUGCCUGGAUCUCCAUGCUGGCUCGCCCGCCGAUCGAAAAAAUCCAAAGCUUCACAGAUGGCUUGCGAAAAGGAAAUAUGGCAAAAGAUUGGGGAGGGCUUUGUCCAAGAAUAUUACAACCAGUUUGACAAUACCAACAGGACAGGACUGGGUAACCUUUAUGCUCCUGAUUCCUGUUUGACAUGGGAGGGUUCACCUUUUCAAGGGAGAGAAGCCAUCUCUGGCAAAUUAGCAAACCUGCCUUUCAAGCGUAUUAAACACAUUAUCACAGAACAAGACUUCCAACCCACGGUAGACAGUUGUAUCCUGAUCAUGGUGUUUGGACAGUUGCAGGUAGAUGAUGAUCCACCAAUGGCCUUUCAUCAAGUGUUUAUGCUGAAGUGCCAAAACGGCGCAUGGGCGUGCACAAAUGAUGUGUUCAGGUUGGGGAUUCACAACAUACCGGUGUAGCGAUCUGGAUUUGUUGGUUCACACACAUUGAUAUCCAGCUCAGAGUUCAUUUAAUAGUCAUGCUGUCAUUCCAAACACGAAGGAAAAUAUAAAAUAUUCCUCCACAUACUCACAUCAUCAAUCGGCAUGCUAUUUGUUAAAGAUUUCAUUUUAAAUUGCAUUCCUUUUCAAUUAAAGAAUUUAUCAUUCUGAAA